CUUUGUCGUCCCCACCCCCCACCCACAAGUUUAAAAGGAACCCACCUCGCCUCUCCACGCCGCUUUCUGCCACUACAUCAACAUUCACAACCGCAACACCAUGAGCGCGCUCAUGAAUCCUCAACCACUUCCCCUCCACAACCAGUCUAUGCACCCGACGAGACACUCCCCUGCUCGUCUCGGCGGCAGGAAGCGAAAGGCCGAUGAAGACCACGAACCUCGAACCAGCUAUUUGGACAAUGAUAUGGACCUCCAGAUGGGUGCCUCGCCCCACGUCGCUCCUCGUAUGCUCAAGAAGCCCCGCAGCAAUGUGGUCCAGGGUCGUCCUCUGCCUCUGCCUCGGCUCCUCGAAUCGGUCGAUCAGCAAACGCUCAAGAACAUCAUCCAGGCCAUGUGCGAUCGACACCCCGAACUUGUCAAAGAAGUGACGGAACUCGCCCCGCGGCCUACUGUGUCCUCUGCGCUGGAUACUCUGAGGAACUACGAGUCGACGUACCGCCAAGCGUUCCCCUACGGUGGAAAUUCAACCGGUGACUACGCCCACAAUCGGGUUCGACCUGCCCUAAUGGAACUGCUUGAUGCGUUGUCGGACUACACUCCCCAUUUCCUGCCACCGAACGAGAGUCAGACGGCCGUUAGCCUCUCGUUUUUGGACGGUGCCACCGAUUUCAUUCACCGAUUGCCCGAAUGGGAGAACCCUCUUCACAACUACCCCAAGCAGACGGCGUACGAGGAAAUCACGAAGGCAUGGAUACUGGUCAUCCAGGAGGCGGCAAAACGGGGAGCUGGAAUCAGUCUUCAGUACGGAGGAUGGGAAUCGAAACUGUCGAGGCACAACGAGCACUCAGGUGGAAGGAUGCAACAGGCUGUCGUCCAGAUCAGACAGACACUCGGUUUGGACGAGGGAGCGAACGGCCGAAGUCAGCGUUCGCCCGCAGGCUUUGGUGUCGGUAUGCAGUCUGUCUCCGUUCGCACUUGGUGAAGGGGGUAAAUAUUGGUUGUGAUGGACGGACUGAUGGGGUUGGGCGACAGGUGGGGUGGACGGACGGACGGGGGGACGAUAAAUGAUGGAUAGUUCGAUUGGUGUUACUGUGUUUGUAUUUUCUUCUUGCGGGUGGCUAUCUUUGGGUUGCAUACUGUUGAGCCUGGUGUCGUAUAGCAUGAUUGCCUACACCGUUUGCUCGCCUUGGGGUCUUCGUUGUUUCAUAGCAUAUUUUUUUUGCAGU